GUGUAGUCUAUUAGCCGGUGCAGUCUAUUAGCCGGUGCAGUCUAUUAGCCGGUGCAGUCUAUUAGCCGGUGCAGUCUAUUAGCAGUGGAAUAUAAUAGCCAGUGGAGUGUAUUAGCAGUGUAGUCUAUUAGCCAAUGGAAUGUAUUAGCCUGUGCAGUGUAUUGGCAGUGUAGUCUAUUAGCCAGUGCAGUGUAUUAGCAGUGGACUUAUUUACUCUUCUUCGUUGCCCUUGCAUUGCAAUUGGCAGUUUUUAAAUGCAGUGCAUUAGCCUGGACCAGGCUUGGGAUCAUGUAAUGUCCUGUAUUUUCAAAUAGUGGAUCUGUUUGUGAAAUUACAGGUGUGAAUACUAUGCCUUGCAUAUUAAGUACUGAACAAAUGUUUAGAAUGCUUGCAAAUGCUCAUUAUUCAUGUAUCUGAUUACCGGGCUUUGCAUAUAGACGGUUUGAAGUGGGGUUAAAUUCAUUUAAUUUCAAAUGCAAAUAUGUCCGUUGUGUUCUGUGCAGUCAUUCAUGAACAGUGUUCGUGUGUGCAAAUACAGAGCAUUUAAGGCGUGAGGUGGAGCUAUACAAAUACAAAACAAAUUCACUGUCUGGACGAUGCAUCAGAUUAAAACAAUGCCUUCUUGUGAUGUUAAGCUUUAAAACCACUGAGAAAAAUCAGUACUGCAUGUGUUAACUGCUAAAGGUCUGAAUCCCUUUGUGCUCAGUGACUCAACACAGUGGUGUUCCUGUGCUCUCAUCCCCAAGGGCAGUAUGUGCACUUUGAGUGCUGGCUCUCAUCCACUGUAUUCUGCGCUGGCAAAGCCCACAAGUUACUGUAUCAGAAGUGUCUGCGAAAUUAUUUUCUGUUUCUCAAAAUGGCAGCUUCUUACGGCUGCAAUUCAGUGGCUCUUUAGCCUUUGUCUCUAAGUAGGGGGCGUGGCCUGCUUAAUGGAUCAUGAAUUAUUCAGAAGGGCUGAGAUGCUGUGCUGAAAUCGCUUGUGUUUUCUAGGUCGUCUGAGUUUAGGGCCAGCUUAAACUGAGCGCCCCUGCCCUCUCCUCAUCAGGAAGAAGCUCCAUUAUUAUGAUAUAUAUAUUUUUUUUUUCACUUCUCUUAAAUUGAGACUUGAUUCCUAGAGUUAAAUAACCAAGUCUGAGGCCCAAAUAGGUGUUUUCUAGGCCAAGUACUGUUCUCAGAACAGUUCUGCUGUUGUUUUUCAGCUUGUAACAGAUUUAUGCAGAAGGGAUUUGUAUGCGCUGGCUGUGCUUCAGCAUGGCGGACUCUGACCAUACAAAGCCAUGAAGCCGCAGUGUUUAUUCUCAGGGUGAAUGUGACUCAGUACCUGGAUCCUGCUGUGCUCCUAAUGCCCUCUUGGCAAAAGAAUUGCAUUUAUAACAUUUCUGUUUAUUAUAAAUUAGUCUCUCUCUCUCCUGAGUUCCCAUUUCUCUCCCUCUCUUUUUUUCUUUAUUCCUUGCUUUUUCUCUCCUCCUCUGUCCCAUUCUCAUCUUUCUACCUUUCUCCUCAUUCUUUCACUCUCCUUUUUCUCUUUUACUACCCCCCCCCCCCCCCCCCCAGCUUUCUCUGUCAGAUUAAAUGGCUUUAUUGGCAUAGCAGUGAGGCUGGCCAUAAGCACUGCAGCCCAUGCAGUCCUGUACAGUACUGGUUUGAGGUCCUGGUUUGAGUGGCGGGGUGUUCCUCUGGGUGAGGGUGAGGGUCUGGGCUGAGGUUUGGGGUGCUCCUCUGGGUGAGGGUGAGGGUCUAGGCUCUGAGGUUUGGGGUGUUCCUCUGGGUGAGGGUGAGGGUCUGGGCUCUGAGGUUUGGGGUGUUCCUCUCAGUGAGGAUGAGGGUCUGGGCUCUGAGGUUUGGGGUGCUCCUCUGGGUGAGGGUCUGGGCUCUGAGGUUUGGGGUGCUCCUCUGGGUGAGGGUCUGGGCUCUGAGGUUUGGGGUGUUCCUCUGGGUGAGGGUCUGGGCUCUGAGGUUUGGGGUGUUCCUCUGGGUGAGGGUCUGGGCUCUGAGGUUUGGGGUGCUCCUCUCGGUGAGGGUCUGGGCUGAGGUUUGGGGUGUUCCUCUGGGUGAGGGUGAGGGUCUGGGCUCUGAGAUUUGGGGUGUUCCUCUGGGUGAGGGUGAGGGUCUGGGCUCUGAGGUUUGGGGUGCUCCUCUGGGUGAGGGUCUGGGCUCUGAGGUUUGGGGUGCUCCUCUGGGUGAGGGUGAGGGUCUGGGCUCUGAGGUUUGGGGUGCUCCUCUGGGUGAGGGUCUGGGCUCUGAGGUUUGGGGUGUUCCUCUGGGUGAGGGUCUGGGCUCUGAGGUUUGGGGUUUUCCUCUGGGUGAUGGUGUGGGCUCUGAGGUUUGGGGUGUUCCUCUGGGUGAGGGUGUGGGCUCUGAGGUUUGGGGUGUUCCUCUGGGUGAGGGUCUGGGCUCUGUGGUUUGGGGUGCUCCUCUGGGUGAGGGUCUGGGCUCUGAGGUUUGGGGUGUUCCUCUGGGUGAGGGUGAGGGUCUGGGCUCUGAGGUUUGGGGUGUUCCUCUGGGUGAGGGUCUGGGCUCUGAGGUUUGGGGUGUUCCUCUGGGUGAGGGUCUGGGCUCUGAGGUUUGGGGUGUUCCUCUGGGUGAGGGUGGGGGUCUGGACUCUGAGGUUUGGGGUGCUCUUCUGGGUGAGGGUGAGGGUCUGGGCUCUGAGGUUCAGGGUGUUCCAUUGCGGGGGCGCCGUGCUUUUCCUGUCCCCUUUGCCUCGGGGGCAGGGCCAGGCCAGCAGGAUUCCCGCUUCCGGCCCGAUUAGGAUUCUGCAGAGGAAGUGUCCCACCAGAGGCCCAGAGCGAGAGAUGCAGUGGGUCUGCGUCACCACCAAACAACCCCCCCCCCCCCCCUUUUCCUUUCCCAAAAAAGGAAACCACGCUGUACUGAUCAUAGCCCCACUGCUGGGGGCAAAGAAACUUUAAAAUGUACGUAAGUGGCUAUAAUGUACCAAAUUAACGUUACUGAUGGAAUCAAGAAAUAGGUUCAAUUCUGAAGAUGGCCUCUAGAAUGUCAUGCAGUUGUGCAAAAAAUUAAAUGGUACUGCAGACACAAAGGUCUACAUAGCUCCUGAAAAUAGGACAAACAGAAUUUGCUAGUUGAAACCCCUGGUGAAUGCACAGGGCACUUUCAUUGGUCUACAGUGAAGUGAUAGGGUUAGGGUUCAGCAUGGGCUGAAAGCUGGCUGGUGUGCUGCUCUCAGCUCUGCGCCGUGCCGUAAGAGUGAUGUGGAAGCCAUGGAGCGCCGCGCUGCUUUAGCGCCUCUUAUCCGUGCUGGCGAGCUGGGGUGGGCGGGGCUUAGCUCUGGGCUCUAUCUCCAGCCCCGCCUCUAACGGCUGUUUGACCAGUGGGAGUUGCCCCACUGGUCAAAGUUGGAGCUUCACUCCAGAGGACCUCCUGCCCUGAAAUUCAGCUGCUGUUGAUUCUCAUGGAAGAGACUUUAUUUCUUGCCUCCCCUGGAUUAAUCCGGAUUUCUGCAAUUGGGCAUCCUGGGUUGAUCCAGAGACUCGAGUGAGUUUCCCUAAAGCAGGGGUGUAAAACUGCAGGCGCAGAAGGCCACAGUGUCUGCUGCUUUUCCAUGCGUUUCAGCGCGAGUGAUGAGACCUUGAUAGGUUUUCUUGGACGGUUUAGCUAAUCUGAUCGUAAAGUGGGCUGUGGCCUAGAAAGUUAAGGAGAGAGAGUGAGAGAUGGAGCAAGGGAGCGAGAGAGGAAGGGAGUGAGAGAGGGAGGGAAGGA